GAAAACGUCCUGAUAGGCUGCGGCUGCAUUCCCGCUGAGGUUGCGUGGACUGAAUCAGGAACUGGAUGUAGAAAAGAUUUCUCUAUCUGGGAAAAAAUGGCAAAGAAGGAUGCGAGCACUGCAAAGUUACCAGUCGAUCAGUACCGCAAACAGAUCGGAAAGCAGGAUUAUAAGAAAACCAAGCCGGCUCUGCGUGCCACACGACUUAAGGCCGAGGCAAAGAAGAGCGCUCCAGGAAUCAGGGACACCAUCUUGGUGAUCAUGGCCUUGCUGGUCUUCCUGCUGGGGGUUUACGCCUUCUUCUACCUCAACCUGAGUUCCGAGCUGAACCUGGACACGGACCUGGACUAAAGAUGUCGAGAGGUGAGGAAGGAAUCUGCGAGGUUGGAGGCUUGUGUUACAAUCAGAAAGUGUUCUUCUCCCCGACAGAGUGCCCUUCAUGCCUGCUAAGAACCCGGUGAUUGGAUCUUUGAAGAUGCUGAACAUUCGCUUUUGCACAUUUUAUCAAUGUUAAUUCUUUCCUAAGGGAUUAACAGGUAAUUAAUUGAGGGUAGGUAAUCAAAAUCCAGGUUACUCUACGUGGCUGUUAGGAGUCAACCACGAUUAAGUCUUUAUUUGCUUAAUGCUUUUUUUUUCUAUUCCACUGCUUUAUUUUUUGGAUUUGAUAUUUUCUGGGAUUUCUGGAGCAUCCCCCACAGCUCAGGAUAUUAAAGGCAUUAAUGCUGACUGAGUGUGUACAGUAUGAAGAAUCAUGAAGACAUUUCCCAGCUUAUUAGAACCUUAAAUAAUCAGCAUCUAUGAAUCGCUAGCAAUAAAAGAAACCAUUUUGUCAUAAAGAUCUUCAUGAGCUCUCUGCUAAUAAUAAUCUGUGAAUCCUCCAUUACUUAAGAACUUGCUUGCUUCGCAAGUACACAUGUGGGAAAUAUCAAGCUUGACAAUUUGGAUGUUAUUCAUGUAAACAUUAAUAACUGACUCGUUUUAGUCCAGAGUCUGAGUUGCUUUACGGUGUUAUUGCCUGUGUGAAACUUCUUUUGCUCAGGAUUAGUGUUCAGGACAUUUUAAAAGGAAGGAUUGCUGUUUUCAUCAGUUGGUGUUCGAUUGAAAGAAAAAUGUUUUUGUACUCUAUUUGUUUUUGAAGGAUUUUGAUGGAUGACAAAUAAAACAAAUUAUUUCCAGAUGUA